CACACCUGUGGCCCACCAGAGCCUGGGCCUCGGCCCUUUCCAGAGCCAGAGGGACUGAUAAGGGACUGAGUGGGCCGAGCUACACCCCUCGACAAGGACUUUUCUGGAUUUGCCCUCUCUUCGAACAGCAAGAGUAGUGCAGAAUGAAGCUAAUUUACCAAAUUCUGUGACAGGUUAUCCCAGCGCUCCUUUCAAUCUGAAGUUAAAACCAUGGCAUUUAAACAUAGAUCCUGAACUUGAACCACUGAAAGGAAAGCAAAAGGACUCUGACAGGAGAUUUUUUACAUACAAGCCUUAUGAAAGCAAGUGGGAUCCACAGCUGCUACUGCCAAAGAGUCCCUGGCCACCUACAUCUGCUUUAUUACCGAGAACCUGGCCUGUUCCAUGGAUAUCUACCACUGAAAUCAGCUACAAUGGAUGAGCUUACUCCUGUGAGAAUUCGAAGGCACUGCUUGCUAAAUGGGGGGGAAGAAGAUGCACAUGCUAUUCUCUGAUGGAAGCCAACACGCAGAUCACUUUUUCUACAUGCCCUACUUAGUUCCAUUGCUGAAGGAUGAAUUUGGAGAGUCAGAGCUUCUCAGCUGUUGGCCACAUGGUGUCCUUGCCUGCACAGGGAAAGAAUGCACCCAGGAUGAAAGCACAGCUGCAGCUAUCUUUGCUGUUCAAAUGGAUGACUAUUUAGGAGGAAAGCCUGUGCAGAGUAGAGAAAUUCAAGGAUAUGAGUCUACUGAGUUUGUGGGUUACUUCAAAGGAGGAAUUAAAUACAAGGCAGGUGGUAUUGCCUCUGGAUUUAAUCAUGUUGUUACUAAUGAUCUGAGUGCUCAGAGGCUGCUGCAUAUCAAGGGCAGGAGAGUUGUAAGAGCCACAGAAGUCCCUCUGGCUUGGACCAGCUUCAACAAAGGAGAUUGUUUCAUUAUUGACCUUGGAAAUGAAAUCUAUCAGUGGUGUGGCUCAUCAUGCAAUAAAUACGAGCGACUGAAGGCUACACAGGUUGCUGUUGGCAUUCGGGACAAUGAACGAAAUGGAAGGUCUAAAUUAAUUGCUGUGGAAGAAGGGGCUGAGCCAGACCGGCUCAUAGAGGUUUUAGGGAACAAGCCAGAGCUUCCUGAGUGUGGUGAUGAUGAUGAUGAGCUGGCUGAUAUCACAAACAGGAGAAGUGCUAAACUUUAUAUGGUGUCAGAUGCAAGUGGAUCCAUGAAGGUGUCUGUGGUAGCAGAGGAAAACCCCUUCUCUAUGGCUAUGCUUUUGUCUGAGGAGUGCUUCAUUUUGGACAAUGGUGCUGCCAGGAAGAUCUUUGUGUGGAAAGGCAAAGAUGCUAACCCUCAAGAGAGAAAAGCUGCCAUGAAGAAUGCUGAGCAAUUCAUAGAGCAGAUGAAUUAUCCUGCCAACACACAGAUUCAAGUUCUUCCCGAAGGAGGUGAAACGCCAAUGUUCAAACAGUUUUUCAAAGACUGGAAGGAUAAAGAUGAAAGCAAUGGCUUUGGCAAAGUAUAUGUCACAGAGAGAGUGGCUAAAAUUGAGCAGAUUGAAUUUGAUGCUACCAAGUUACAUGAGUCUCCACAAAUGGCUGCCCAGCAUAACAUGGUAGAUGACGGUUCAGGGAAAGUAGAGAUCUGGCGUGUGGAAAGCAGUGGGCGAGUGCCUGUGGGACCUGAGACAUAUGGACAGUUCUAUGGGGGUGACUGUUACAUUAUCCUCUACACUUACCCUAGAGGGCAGAUCAUCUAUACAUGGCAAGGAGCCCAUGCUACAAAAGAUGAACUGACUGCAUCUGCAUUUCUGACUGUUCAGCUGGAUCGGUCAUUAAAUGAUCAGGCUGUGCAGAUCCGAGUCAGUCAAGGCAAAGAGCCUGCACAUUUACUGAGCUUGUUCAAAAACAAACCACUUAUAGUCUACAAGGAUGGGACAUCUAAGAAGGAGGGUCAGAAACCUGCUCCACCAACACGACUCUUCCAAAUCCGCAGGAACCUAGCAGCCAUUACUAGGAUUGCAGAGGUUGAUGUUGACGCAAUGUCACUAAACUCUAAUGAUGUCUUUGUUCUUAAACUGCCAAACAACUCUGGCUACACGUGGGUAGGAAAAGGAGCGAGUAAAGAAGAGGAACAAGGAGCUCAAUACAUUGCCAAUGUUCUCAAAUGCCAGACUGCUAAGAUUAAUGAAGGCCAGGAACCAGAGGAAUUCUGGAAAGCACUUGGAGGUAAAAAAGCAUACCAGACUUCAUCACAACUCUUGACAAAGGCUGAAGAUCAUCCCCCUCGCUUGUAUGGCUGUUCUAAUAAAACAGGCAGAUUUAUUAUUGAAGAGGUCCCAGGAGAAUUCACUCAGGAUGAUUUGGCUGAAGAUGAUGUCAUGCUGUUGGAUGCUUGGGAGCAGGUUUUCAUCUGGAUUGGGAAGGACGCUAAUGAAACUGAGAGACAGGAAUCUGUUAAAUCGGCCAAACGCUAUAUUGAAACUGAUCCUUCUGGCAGAGAUAAGGGAACCCCCAUUGUAAUUGUGAAGCAAGGGCAUGAACCCCCCACAUUCACAGGCUGGUUCCUGGCUUGGGACUCAAACAAAUGGAAGAACUGAUCUCUCCAAGGAGUCUCCAGCUUCAAGCCAAAGAAUGAUCAGAGCCCAGCUACUUUCUAGUAUUUUCAAGCAUAAGCUUAUGCUACAAUACGAUGCAUCUGUUGUUACACCUUCCUGAGCUUUGAUGUAUUUCUGUGAAUAACCUAGAAGUUCUUAGCACUGGAAAGGAUAAAUGGUAAUUGUAAACUGGCCAAGCGGGAUGAGUGGGGCUUUUCUAGUAGUAAAUAUAGAAAAUGCUAUCAAUCCUUAAUCUUAAAAGAAAGAAAUACAUUUUCUUUAAUCUACUGAUUCUUUAAAGAGAAGCUGUGAGUCAGUUUAUUUUAAUGUUCUAAAAUGGACCAAAUUCUGUCUUCACUUAAAAAUCCAUACUAAGGCCACAAAAAUUCCUUUAGAUUAAGGUCAAGAUAAUACUGUGCAGAAUUUGACCUGAUAGAGGAAUAAAACUUACUUGUUGCAAGGAAAGGACUGCACCUGAUUUAAUUACUAGGCCCACGUAUUGCUACACUCAUUGAAAAUUUCAGAUAAUGUCUGAUGCACAGUGGGAGUUGUGGCUCACAGGGGGCAAAUAAUGGAUGGGUAUUUGGAGAAAGCUGUGCUUAACAUAUUUAUUUACCCUGUUAAUGCAUAUAUGUGUGGAGCUUUAGUCUGAAUACUGUCAGAAUAUGAAACGGACUAAGGUUUUUUGCAGGACUGUCUAUUGUAUUGUAAUGAAUUCCUUUAGAUUUAUCUCUGAACCAGCUCCAGCUCCACCAGGUCUUUUUAACUAAAGCUCUUAAACACAUUGUAGUGCACUAGUGCUUUGAAGUGGAAGCAAAAGUAACAGCUUCGAAAAUACAUACUCUGCCUUAACCAGAUUGCUCUUAAGCCAUACUUCACCUCAGCUGCCUUACUCAGCAGUACUCAGUUCUUCUUCAGCAUGCAGACUCUUCACCUUGUCAUGGGCAGGAUGUCUUUCUAAUUUUUUGUGCAGGUGUUAGACAAAUACCAAGGACAUCAAAAGCAAGGAAAGCCCUGGUUUUGGUAGAAUUUCUGGGAAUUUGGAAUGUGAGUAUGCACCAUAGAAUAUGGCCUUCUCUUUAAUCUCAGGCACAUUUACUUGAGCUUUUUUUUAUUCUGGUGAAUUUAAAAGUAAGUUUUCAAAGUGGCUUUUAUUUGUAACUUAGCCAGAAAAGAUCUACUUAAGUGCAACAGGAAAACUUCUUCAAAUCUUUAGGACAUCUUUGAUCACUUAUCCAGUAAUGCUUGUUUUAAACAACAGUUUGUACAGCUGUAAAUCAUACCAAUGUGGCUUUUUAAUGACAGCAUUUCAGCAGUUUUAUUAUUUUUGUAAGUUAGGAUGGAAAGUGAAAUUUUAGACAUUUUUUUGUAUUUUUUUAACAUGCUUGGGAUUUUGAAUCAGGGUAAUGCAAAAGAGUGAAUUUAGUCUGAGCUCAUCAUAUGAAUGACAGAAGAAUUGUGAAGCUAAGAUAUUAAUUAUAGGAAUUAGCUUUAAAUAUUUGUUUAAAUAUCUGCUAAUAUAUCUGGGCUGUAUCUGAAUGUAAUUUCAUUUAAAAUAAAGUUACAAAAACCAGCAUUCUGCCAAA